GACAGAUGUUUUUAUUUUUUGCGUUACGCUGAACAUCAUCCAUUUUAUAAUGCAACAUUUAACUAUAUAUAGUCGCAACUAUUUAAAUGAAUUAUACAUGUGCUUGGGGGGUGUUUAUCUAUUGUUCUGCAUAAAUAUUUAAUCAACACAAGCUAGUUCAUGUUAUUACCCAGAAGAUCCUGCUCGACUGGCAUACUCCUGGACUUCAGCUCAUUUUUUUGAUUGAUUUGUCCCAGCUCUCUGCGGAAGAGAAAUGGCGGCUGGAGCACGCGCGGAUGCACGCCAAGCACAAGGGGCACGAGGCCAUGCACGCGGAGAUGGUCCUCAUCCUCAUCGUCACGCUCGUCAUCGCCCAGCUGCUCCUGGUGCAGUGGAAACAGAGACACCCGCGAUCCUACAACUUGGUGACUCUGUUCCAGAUGUGGGUCGUCCCGCUCUACUUCACCACCAAGCUGCACUGGUGGCGGUUCCUCAUCACGUGGUUCGUCUUCUCCGCCGUCACCGCGCUGGUCACCUUCCGGGCCACGCGGAAGCCCUUGGACUGCACCACGCCCAGGCUGGUUUACAAGUGGUUCCUCCUGCUGUACAAGCUGAGCUACACCACGGGGAUUGUGGGAUACAGCGUGGUCAUGUUCACCUUGUUCGGCAUCAAUUUGAUAUUCAGGAUAAAGCCGGAGGACGCCAUGGACUUCGGCGUGUCCCUGCUCUUCUACGGCCUGUACUACGGCGUCCUGGGCCGGGACUUCGCCGAGAUGUGCGCCGACUUCAUGGCCUCGACGGUGGGGUAUUACAGUGCGUCUGGUAUGCCGACCAAGCAUCUGUCGGAUAACAUCUGUGCGGUGUGUGGUCAGCCCAUCCUGGUGGACGUCAGCGAGGAGGGAAUCAUCGAGAACACCUACAGACUGUCCUGCAACCAUGUAUUCCACGAGUUCUGCAUACGAGGCUGGUGCAUCGUGGGUAAGAAGCAGACGUGCCCCUACUGCAAAGAGAAGGUGGACCUGAAGAGGAUGUUCAGCAACCCAUGGGAGAGGCCUCACGUGAUGUACGGACAACUGCUGGACUGGUUACGUUACCUUGUUGCCUGGCAACCUGUGAUCAUCGGUGUGGUGCAAGGGAUCAACUACAUCCUGGGCCUGGAGUGAACACACCCCCCCCCUGCCCCCCCCCCAAAAAAACCACCCCCAGGGGCCGGAGACUGCUAAAAGACCCUUGUGAUGGACUAGAAUAUAUAUGUACAUAUAUAUAUAUAUUUGUGUGUCUAUAUAUGUAUAUGUAUAUACUUAUGUAUACAGGUACAUACUAAUCAGUUUUUUGAAAAUAAUCAAAGUUUUACCAGCAAUCUUGGAUUACUUUUUUGAUUUUUGUUUUUUGGGGGGGGUUGGGGAUAAGGAAAGGGGUGGCGCUUAUCAAAAGGUACUCGUUGGUUAUGACUGAAUUUGACUGAACGAACGGAUUCCCUUCCUCCCGUGACUGGUC